UUUGUCCGAUCACAGACUUCCCUGUGGAGAUCAGGCCACGUGUUUAUAUAGAUACAAGUACACCCUCUUUUCAAACAUACAGGAGAGGAUUUUCCGGGGCGUGACGGUAUUACCGAAUCUCUACCCGGAAUUCCUGUCUGUUUAUCAACUACUUGUGUGCCAUCCACCACCAAACAGAUAUAUAAUGAAUCCAGAAAAUCCCACCUGGCCUGGCCAACCACCCAAUCCCGCCUUGCCUGGCCAACCACCCAAUCCUGCCUGGCCCGGUCAAUCACCCAAUCCCGUUUGGCCCGGUCAAUCACCCAAUCCCGCUUGGCCCGGUCAAUCACCCAAUCCCGCCUGGCCCGGACAAUCACCCAAUCCCGCCUGGCCCGGACAGCCAACUAAUCCCGCCUGGCCCAGCCCACCAACAAAUCCUGCCUGGCCUGGCCAACCAUCCGACCCUGCCUGGCCCUGCCAACCACCCAAUCCCGUCUGGCCUGGUCAGCCAAACCAGCCAGCUCCACCAACAUGGCCGGGUCAGCCUGGACAGCCAGGAGCUCCAGGAUGGCCUGGACCUGUCCCGCAAACUGGUCCUUAUGGUAUUCCCGAGCCUCCAAAACCACUAACUGUGCCCUUUGAAAUGACUCUGCCCAAUGGUGUAUAUAACAAAAUGCUCAUCACCAUUAAUGGAGAAGUAAAACCCAAUGCUGAGCUUAUCACUAUUGAUAUAAAAAAAGACAAUGACAUUGCCCUUCAUAUAAACCCUCGCUUUAAUGAUUAUGGACAGAAAAUUAUUGUAAGAAACAGUUUAAUUGGAGGCCGCUGGGGACCAGAAGAGAGAGCAUGCCCAUCCUUUCCUUUUAUUCCAGGAAAGCCUUUUGAGCUGAAGAUUUUAUGCCUUGACUCUGCAUUUAAAGUAGCAGUAAACAAAUCUCACCUUCUGGAAUACAAACAUCGCAUUCUUGAGCUCAACAAGAUCAAAACACUUCGAAUCUACAAUGAUCUCACCCUCAAAUCAGUUGAUGUGGAGACGCUGCCAUGAGAUCGUACUAUCAUAGUUACUGAUGGAUGGAUUUAAUAAUUACUGUAUGUCUAUGUGCCAGUCCAUUGACUCCAACAACACUAAAUUACAUUUUGAAAGUUAUGUGUGAUAAAUGAUGUUAAUAAUAAAUCAUAAUGAUCUUGUUUUUAUAUGA